AUGGAAGGAAGUUCUAAGACAAUGAAUACCCCAUCACCUCCAAGGGUACUAUCCGAAGCUCUUCACCAUCAGCUCGGCUCUAAGCAGGCGACCCAAGCCUUCCUCACCUCCAUUGAAGACAAGUUACUUUUGAUGUUCAAUAGCAAUUAG